AUGCCUCUCGUCAUCCAAUAUUCUGGGUUUAGAGACCCAUCCGAGCAUGUGGAAGCCUAUCGCUCAUGGAUGCAGAUCCAGACGGCGACGGACGCCAUAAUGUGCCGGGGGUUCUUGAUCACACUCACAGGUUCUGCUUGGAGUUGGUACCGGCAGCUCAAACCAAACUCCUUUAGUUCCUUCGCGGAGUUGAGCCGACUAUUCCUUACCCAGUUCAUAAGUGGUAAGAGAAGUCGGAAGCCCAACACUCAUUUGUUCGCUAUCAAACAAGACUCGAAGGAGUCAUUGAAAGACUACGUCGUCCAUUUUAAUGAGGAAGCAUUAUUGAUAGAAGAUUACAACGAUAAAAUGGCGCUCGCUGCUGUGUUCAGCGGGCUAAGAGAAAGAAAAUUCACUUUCUCCAUUGGAAAGAACCCGUCGAAGACGCUGGCCGAGCUAGUCCCCCGAGCUAAAAAAUACACCAACGCGGAAGAAUUCUCCAAUGCUCAUAAAAAUGUCCAAGCGCAAGAAAUGAAUGAUAAAGGGAAGAGACCAAGGAAUGAGAAAGCUCAGCCAUCCAGCAAGGGGACCGGCGAUCGCGCCCCUCGCGAUCGUCGUCCAAAUAGAAGGCCAGAAGGAAAAUUUCGUUCCUACACCCCUCUCAACACGUCUGCCGAGCAGAUUCUGUUGGAUAUCCGAGGAGAGAAGCUGCUGAAUUGGCCUGUUUGCAUGAGGGCUGACCCGGAUUACCGAGACAAACGCAAGUACUGUCGCUUCCACGAGAUCACGGCCACAAUACGACUGACUGUGUAG